AUGGCGAAACCACAGGCAGAGGUGAUCCAGGAGUGGGCCGACUUUGACUCGGCGGGCUACAGCUUUGAGCGCGGCCGCAUGGAGAAGACGGUGCAGGCGCUGUGCUUUGGCGACCAAGCCGCUGUCAUGCCUGCGCACCUCGCAGCAGGCCCCGCGCAGGGACAGAAGCUCAAGAAGGAAGAUGUCGAGUUUAUCGUUUCGGAACUGCUCGUGUCGCGCAGCGUCGCCGAGGCCACACUUGCCAAGCACAAGGGCGAUAUGGAAAAUGCGCUCACAGAACUCGUUGGCUCGGCGUAG